AGCUUCGCGGACGGUUUCGUUGCUCGCUCGGCAAAAUGGCGCGGGGUGAGGAGUCGUGUGUGACCCUGGGUCAGCCACAUCUUUCUCGCCAGGAUCUCUCCACACUGGAUGUUACCAGGUUGACACCACUCUCUCAUGAAGUAAUCAGCAGACAAGCCACAAUUAAUAUAGGUACAAUUGGUCACGUUGCUCAUGGAAAAUCUACUGUGGUGAAAGCUAUUUCUGGAGUUCACACUGUCAGAUUCAAAAAUGAACUAGAAAGAAAUAUUACAAUCAAGCUUGGGUAUGCUAAUGCCAAGAUUUACAAACUUGAUGAUGCAAAUUGUCCUCGGCCAGAGUGUUACAGAUCUUGUGGGAGUAGUACACCUGAUGAGUUUCCUACAGACAUUCCAGGGACCAAAGGGAACUUCAAACUAGUCAGACAUGUUUCCUUUGUUGACUGUCCUGGCCAUGAUAUUUUGAUGGCUACUAUGCUGAAUGGUGCAGCAGUGAUGGAUGCAGCUCUUCUGUUAAUCGCUGGUAAUGAAUCCUGUCCUCAGCCUCAGACGUCUGAACACCUGGCUGCCAUAGAAAUUAUGAAACUGAAGCAUAUUUUGAUUUUGCAGAAUAAAAUUGAUUUGGUAAAAGAAAGCCAGGCUAAAGAACAGUAUGAACAGAUCCUUGCAUUUGUACAAGGUACAGUAGCAGAAGGAGCUCCUAUUAUUCCAAUUUCUGCUCAACUAAAAUAUAAUAUUGAAGUUAUCUGUGAGUAUAUUGUUAAGAAAAUUCCAGUACCUCUAAGAGACUUCACUUCAGAACCCCGACUUAUUGUUAUUAGGUCCUUUGAUGUCAACAAACCUGGCUGUGAAGUUAAUGAUCUUAAAGGUGGUGUGGCUGGUGGUAGUAUUUUAAAAGGAGUGUUAAAGUUGAACCAGGAAAUAGAAGUCAGACCUGGCAUUGUUUCCAAAGACAAUGAAGGAAAACUCAUGUGUAAACCAAUCUUUUCCAAAAUUGUAUCACUUUUUGCGGAACACAAUGAUCUUCAAUAUGCUGCUCCAGGUGGUCUUAUUGGAGUUGGAACAAAAAUUGACCCCACUUUGUGCCGGGCUGACAGAAUGGUGGGGCAGGUGCUUGGUGCAGUUGGAGCUUUACCAGAGAUUUUCACAGAAUUGGAAAUUUCCUAUUUUCUACUUAGACGACUUCUUGGUGUACGCACAGAAGGAGACAAGAAAGCAGCAAAGGUACAAAAGUUAUCCAAGAAUGAAGUGCUCAUGGUGAACAUAGGAUCACUUUCAACGGGAGGAAGAGUCAGUGCCGUCAAAGCUGAUUUGGGUAAAAUAGUUCUCACUAAUCCUGUGUGCACAGAAGUGGGAGAAAAAAUAGCCCUUAGCCGAAGAGUUGAGAAACAUUGGCGUUUAAUUGGUUGGGGUCAGAUAAGAAGAGGAGUAACCAUCAAGCCAACAGUAGAUGAUGAAUGAAGAUUAUCAGUUAAAUAAUAUAUUUGGAUGAAGUCAGAAUUUCUCUUAACAAGCUAGUGGUAUAAUUUCAAAGCAGUACCAGCAAAUAUAUUUCAUUUCACUAGUAGAGCUGUUAAAGUUUUCAUUUUUUUCUAAUGGGAAUUAGUUUUUAUUCUAAAAUAAAUAAUAGGGUUUAUGAUAAAUGUCAGAAUUAGCAUGUUGAUGGUUUCAACCCACAUUUUAGCAAUGUCACUUUUGUGCAUCAGUUCAGGUUUCAAAUGAAGUUGCUGUUACAACCAGCCUUUG